GCUGCAGCCGGGGGGGUGAGAUUGGGGAUCACUCAGCGUUUUGCAGCAUUGCAGCACGUUGCAUUCUGCUCUCCCCAUCCGGGAACAAAGGGACAGGCGGCUGCCCACCUGGGGGCAUGCACCGGGCAUAGGGGGCACUACGAGGAUGCUGCAGCCGCUGCUCGGGACGGAGUAGGGCGCGCAGGGCCCCGGGGGCCCCAGGGUACCGGCAUGUGGCAAUGAGACGCAGCAUGUGGUGGAAAUGCCCCCGUACCCGGUUCCCGGUGGGUGCCGGCUUCCUCGCCGUCUCCGUGCUGUGCUGGCUCUACAUCUUCCCGGUGGAGCGGCUGCCGGACCAGAAGGAGAUGGUGCAGGAGGUGCUGCGGCACGGCCCGGGCUGGCGGAGGAACGGGAGCGCCGUGCGGGGAUUCAGGAAACUGUUAAACAAUUGCUGUGACCCCGGACAACUCUUCUCCAUGACAAAGGUGAACACCCUGGUGGGCGAGAACCUCUGGUUUGAUGGCGAAUUGUUAUAUUCGUUGACUAUCGACAAUGCAACGUACAACCUCUUCCCGCAGGAAACUCCAUUCAAGCUGCCCAUGAAGAAGUGCUCUGUGGUCGGCAAUGGCGGGAUACUGAAAGGGAGCCGAUGUGGGAAGAAUAUUGAUGAAGCCGACUUUGUUAUACGGUGUAACCUGCCCCCGCUGGGCAGCGAAUACAGUCCAGACGUGGGAACAAGGACUCAGCUGGUGACGGCGAAUCCGUCCAUUAUAGACAAAAGGUUCCAAAACUUACUGUGGUCUAGGAAAGCCUUUGUGGAAAGCCUGAAGGUGUACAAGUCAAGCUAUGUCUACAUGCCUGCGUUCUCCACCAAGUACGGUACGGAGCCAUCCCUGCGCGCUUACUAUACCCUGACGGACUUCAGCGCCAACCAAACCGUGCUGUUCGCCAACCCCAACUUCCUGCGUAACGUCGGCAAAUUCUGGAAGAACAAGGGUGUGCAUUCCAGGCGCCUCUCUACCGGUCUCUUUAUGGUCAGUGCUGCCUUAAGCUUGUGUGAGGAAGUCACCGUCUACGGCUUUUGGCCAUUCCAAAUAGACCUGCAAGGGAGGCCCAUCAACCACCAUUACUAUGAUGAUGUGCCACCAUUGCGAUGGAUCCACUCUAUGCCCGAGGAGUUCCUCCAGAUCUGGUUACUUCACAAAACUGGGAUUUUGAAAGUACAGUUAGAACAAUGCGCCACGAACAGCCGGAAUCCUGGUGGGGCUUAACUGUGGAUUUUUGUUCUUGGAAUCCCAAAAUUUGACAAAAAAAACAUUUGUUCAACUUUUUGUGGGAAAGGAAAAGACUUUUGCAUUGAACGAUAAUCGAUACUGGAUGACAUUUUUAAAGGGAGACUUCUGAUACACUGACUGCACUUUAGGACAGCGUCUUAAGAAAGUGCCAAAAUUUUGUCCCUCUCUAUCUCCGGAUUCUCCUUCCAACUUGCCGAUGUAACAAUCUUGGUGAACUUUUUUGUUUGUUUUUUCUAAAAAAGAAAAAAUAAAAAAUAUUUUUUUGGCUGCCGAGUAGUUUAGAAAUAACCGUAGUAUUUUUUAAAACAGAAGAACGUCACGUUCGAAACCAGCUUUUUUUAAUUUAUCGUACGGACUGAAACUGAUUUGCCGUAAUUAGGCGUCAGACAAAACCAGCUGAUCGGUUUAGAGCCUUUUCCGCAAGCAGGAAAGGGGAGAAUGCAAUGAGCCCAUCUGUAUUUUUAUUUUGUGUGGGGGAGGGGGGGGGGGAUUUCCCUUCCCUUUUUUUGUUGCUAAAUUUGAUGUCUGUUUUUGUGUUUGAGAAUUGGAUUCCUAUGAAUUGGGACUACGCACGUCUGCAUCUGUGUCCAGCGCAUGUUUGUUCUCAGUUGUUUUGUAUAUGCCGGCAGUGAAUGGAAGCUAAGGGAAAUACAAUUUCUCUUCUUGAAGGAUAGAACUUGGAGAUUUACUAAGCUGCACAUGAGCGUUUCACGUCGCGUUGCAAAAUCUCAUAUGGAGCAUAGUAAAUCCCGAGUAUUAUUCUGUAUCUUGUACUGAUGGGGUACGGAGUGACUGCGGCUCUGUCACCUAUAUUACAGGUAUAUAGGAUGAUUGUUCUGUAUCUCUCUGUUUCAGAAUGCACUGAUACAUUGUAACACUUCCUAUCAGGAUGACGGAUGGCUCCUCCCAAACCCUUAUAGCCCAACCAAACGCAGAUUGACGCUUGACAGACACAACUGCACGAGACUUGUAGAUAUAAGUGUUACCCAGCAUGACAAUGUAAUCCAGCUUGAAUAUAAGGUGCAGAGACGCGUUACUCCGGCAGUGCUGUUCCGCUGGAUAUUUUGGGGGAAGGAAUAUGUUUUGGAAAUGUGAAACUAAAAAUGUGAAUUAUCUGUCAAUUUUGCAUUAUGAAUGGUAAAUAAAGAGAAAAAUUCAGUCUC